CUUUAAAUCAUACCCAUCUCGACUCGCAUCUAAACUGCUUCAAUGAUGGACAAAUCCACUGGGACCUUCGUCCCGUUUCUGGCCUUGCUGGCCUUCCAGACACUGCACACGUUCGCUGAGGAUUUGGCACCAACGCACAUUGAAAUCGCUCCCGUUCCCUGUAACGACAAAGCCGUGGAGAAGCUCUCUCGUCUGGCUGUCACUUACAUCAAUGAGGAUCGCAUGGAUGGCUACAAGUUUGCCCUCAACCGCAUUUCGAAUGUGCACCUGCACGCUCAGGGUCCAGCGGGUAACGUGUAUUAUCUGGACCUGGAUGUACUGGAGACCAAGUGUCACAUAGGCAGUCCCAAAUCGUGGAAACGCUGUGAUGUCAGGCCAUUCAUGGAAACGCAAAUUUCAGGCAACUGCAAUACCACCAUUCUUCACACAGCUGAGGGAUACUCCUACCUGUACAGCUAUGACUGCAUGCUGGUCCCAGAUCCACCAGAGAAACUCCAGCAGACGUGUCCAACGUGUCCCCUCCUGCUUCCUGUGGACAGCCCAGAGGCUGUGAGCACCGCUCAGAUCACACUGGCAUCCUACAAGAGACAGUCCACCCUGGGUGCAGGACUCGGAGUGAAGAAGAUCACUCGAGCAGCAGCACAGGCAGUGCCAGUGAAGGUCAGCUUCGUGGAGUACACGAUCCAGGAGUGUCCAGAGGGACUGACGGAACAAGGCACCUGCAAGCGACUCACACUUGAGUCUGAUACAGAGACUGCAGGGUUUUGUGCAGGUUCUGUGCACGGUGACAUGCACCCCCAUCCUGAUGUUCAGGUGUCCUGUGAGAUGUUCAAAAGACAGGUACAGAAUGUUGACAUUCUCAGGCCAGUCCAGCCUCAAGGUCACGACCUCCCUGAACACCCUGCACCCCCAACUUUCCCACCUUGGACCACUGACCUAAAGAUCAAUCCACACCCUGCUCCGUCUGACCCAGCGCCACCUGCUGACCCAGCACCACCUGCUGACCCAGCACCACCUGCUGACCCUGUACCACCUGCUGACCCCUCACCAGUUAACCCUGACCUCUUUGACCCUUCUGUUGCAGUGGUUAAUCCGUCUAUCCCUCUCACCUCAUCCUCCAGUGAGUCUGCUGAAGGCACGGGUCUGCCAAACCAGCAGCAUCCAGCAUUGGAGGAUUCAUCUUCUGAAGAAGUCGGAGGUGUUGUCGCUCUGCGUCCACCCUUCAGCUUUCGCUACCAGAGGCAUGAGCGAAGGAGACGGCAGGCCACGCCCUCUUACAAACCCAUCUUCCUGUCAGAUUUUCCCUUUGGGCCCUCCCCUUUCCGCUCCUGUCCUGGCCCAGCCAGAUACACCACAGUUUAACUGUGCCGCCUUUCUUCAUGUCUGAUUUAGGUGGUGAGGAGGCUGGACUGAAAACUUUUAUGCUCCUUGGUGAACGUUAGUGUGGUGCUAAUCUCAGGAAUAUUGUAUCUAUUUUCACUAAAGCUGAAUUUACCUCCCUGCAGCCAACACAGC